AUGUCUCCAUCUCAUGAUGCUGUUGCCGACAUUCCAUCAUCACGGAUACCAGCAGGAUCCAGAAACUCAUCCGAGGCCACAGCAUCCGCAGUCGUUGCUGGGAUCGCCGAAACCCUCGCCACAGCCCUCCAACAUGUACGUGAGGAAGUCGAGACGCUGAGCCAGGCUAUAGACGGAGCUUCAGAACAGGCCAGCAACGAAGAUUGUCGGAACCCAUCCUCACUACCUGGCGGUAAGGCAGCCGAUCGUCCCUACCCACACAUCUACCAGGAGGACUGGAGAUCGAGGCUAGAGCACAACCACAAAUUGCUUGAGGAGUCCAAUGACUUCGCGAGCCUCGAAAAGUGCAAGAAAACCUUCAAAUACGACCAUAGAUCCAUGAGCGCCCCGCUCAGAGAAGGUACCGUCUUUUGGGUGAAGCUACGACCCGGACCAAACACAGUCUGCGAAGACUUGGCUCUACCUCCAGACCCGUUGGACGACUUACAUCGUUCAUGGAUUGACAGGAUUUGUGCGCGCAUCGAAGAACGGUGGUCACCGCCCAGAGCCGGAGUGGCAGCAAGACGAGAUCUGAUACAGUAUUAUCCUGAGAGAUCAGACCAUGGAGUCCUCGGCAUCCCUGAGGACUCUGGCCCCCAGGCUCCGGGGAAGAUUUGCUCGAUUUUGGGUCGUCGUGGUGUGGGACCGCAUCAGGGCCGUUAUAAUACGAUGGAUAUUGAGACCUUGGUUGCCCUCGCCAAGGGUUUUUUCAACUACCGCAUGGGCAACGAACUCUGGGGUGAGGAACGUUAUUUCCGAGACUUCAUCUAUAGUUUCUGCGAUCUGUAUAAUCCUUCAGCAACACGGUCCAUCAGUCAUAUCUCGACAGACCGGGUCGUGGUCUUGCAAUACCACUUAAGUCAUUUCGCACUUGUGGACUGGCUGGAGACAGGGCCGUCCGCGCCCCGGUUUGAAGGCCUAGCACUUAAACGGCAAGUUGCAAAAAUCAGGCGUGUUACUCAUAUGAGUAGCAAUGGCGGGAAGAAUCCGAGCCGCGAUGAGGAGCAGACUGAACGGCAUUUCAAAGAGCGCAUCCUGUCGGUAUCACUCACCAUGAGCAUGGGUGACGGCGGGGCCUUCAAGCUCAUUCUGGUUGGCGAUUAUGGAAUGGAAGAGGUGACGCCCACACUCGAGUCCAAAGCCUUUCACCCUGGGUUUAAUACACUGGGCAUUGAGCGCAAAACUUGGAAGAAAGGCUGGGACAAUACAUUGGAUACUAUUGAUAUUGACACUAGCUUCGACAUGGACCAUACCUUUGAUGCCGACCGGUUGAAUGGCUAUAUGUUUGAUGAUUCGAGCUCGAUGCACAUGUCCACGCGGUAUUUUUCAACCCUUCAGUUGCUGCGAAUAGCGAGGCAGCGGAUUGUGGCCAAUCUUGCCGAAUGGGAAAGGUUCUGCGACACUGCAAACAGCGACAAGGGGUGGAUUGCAAGGGACAUUAAGAUGAGGGAGGAUGUGGGGGAUCAAGUCUUGGAGCGUUGGGAAACCGAGCGGAAGAAAAUGACGAGGUUGCUCGAGACGAUGACGGUUCAACUGCGAGAUCGCAUCGACAGAAAGAUAGAGGAAGUCAAGUCACUGCAGGAUGGAUUGUUCAAUGCAACAUCGGUCAGGGAAGCGAUAAAGGCAAUGACCAUAAACCGGGCGAUUUAUGUAUUCACGGCUGUGACGGUCAUAUACACGCCAUUGGGAUUCGUGGCUGCGUUCUGGGCGUUGCCUAUCUUGAAUACAACCUCUGAGGGCGAGAGCACGCGGCCAUCCUCUGUGGCUUUCGUGGCAACUUUUGUCAUUGUGCCGGCGCUGACGUAUAUUGGCUGUAUCUUGAUGGCUUGGUAUUUCACUUCAACGAGGAGCUGGAAUGCUUUCAUCCAAACCAUACAAAACUUGCCGCAGAAAUUGCGUUGGUGGGCUCAGAUUGAUAACCAAUGGUUGCAUGAACUUGCGGAGAAAUUUCGAGCAAAUGGAAGAACGGACGAUCGUGGAGCAGCUUGA